AUGUUUGUAUAUUUUUCUUUUGGUCAAACCGGUUCAGGAAAAACUUACACAGUGAAUGGACCAAAUUCAUCAUCAGUUGUAGAUUGUGGGGUCAACUAUAGAGCUCUAAACGAUCUCUUCAGUAUCUCUCAGAAAAGAAACAACUCAUAUGCAUAUGAAGCAUUCAACAUUAAUAUUCCUAGUAAUAGUAUUCUCAACUCCACCGCAGCCUCCUCCGGAAGAUUACUUGAAGAAGACCAUGACCAUGAUGAUGAUGGAACGUCUUCAUCCUCGUCGUUUCCUGCAUGGCUCCCUGCUGGAGACAGGAAAUUGCUGGCUAGCAAAAGCGGCGGUGGUGGCCAACCUGCGCCCAAUGCGGUGGUGGCACAGGAUGGAAGUGGUGGCUAUAAAACCAUAAGUGCAGCUCUUGCAGCAUAUCCCAAGAAUCACAAAGGGAGGUAUGUUAUAUACGUAAAGGCUGGAGUUUACGACGAGACUGUGACCAUAACAAAGGACCUGGUUAACGUGUACAUGUAUGGAGAUGGACCCAGAAAGAGCAUUGUCACCGGUAAGAAGUGCUUUACGGACGGUGUAUCCACCUUCCAGACGGCCCCAUUCAGUAAGUACUACCAAUAUCAUCAUGCACGCACGCACGCAUGUUCGCACGUGUUAUAUAUAAAUGUACAUAUUGAU